GUCCACUUCAAGUUCUGAAAAAUCAAAAUGGAUUUAGAGAAAAAUUACCCAACUCCUCGGAGCGGCAGGACAGGACAUGGAGGAGUGAAUCAGCUUGGGGGGGUUUUUGUGAAUGGACGGCCACUCCCGGAUGUAGUCCGCCAAAGGAUAGUGGAACUUGCUCAUCAAGGUGUCAGGCCCUGCGACAUCUCAAGGCAGCUUCGAGUCAGCCAUGGUUGUGUCAGCAAAAUUCUUGGCAGGUAUUAUGAGACGGGGAGCAUCAAGCCUGGGGUAAUUGGAGGAUCCAAACCAAAGGUCGCCACGCCCAAAGUGGUGGAAAAAAUCGCUGAGUAUAAACGCCAAAAUCCCACCAUGUUUGCCUGGGAGAUCAGGGACCGGCUGCUGGCGGAACGUGUGUGUGACAAUGACACGGUGCCCAGCGUCAGUUCCAUCAACAGGAUCAUCCGGACAAAAGUACAGCAACCACCGAACCAGCCGGUCCCAGCUUCCAGUCACAGCAUAGUGUCCACGGGCUCGGUGACGCAGGUGUCGUCGGUGAGCACGGACUCGGCCGGCUCCUCGUACUCCAUCAGCGGCAUCCUGGGCAUCACCUCCCCCAGCGCCGACACCAACAAGCGCAAGAGAGAUGAAGGUAUUCAGGAAUCUCCAGUGCCAAACGGUCACUCCCUGCCGGGCAGAGAUUUCCUCCGGAAGCAGAUGCGGGGAGACCUGUUCACGCAGCAGCAGCUGGAGGUGCUGGACCGCGUGUUUGAGAGGCAGCACUACUCGGACAUCUUCACCACCACAGAGCCCAUCAAGCCCGAGCAGACCACUGAGUAUUCAGCGAUGGCUUCGCUGGCUGGAGGGCUGGAUGACAUGAAGGCCAACCUGACCAGUCCCACCCCCGCCGACAUUGGGAGCAGCGUGCCUGGGCCGCAGUCCUAUCCCAUUGUGACAGGCCGUGACUUGGCGAGCACGACCCUCCCCGGGUACCCUCCGCACGUCCCCCCCGCCGGACAGGGCAGCUACUCAGCACCAACGCUGACAGGGAUGGUGCCUGGGAGCGAGUUCUCCGGGAGCCCCUACAGCCACCCUCAGUAUCCCUCGUACAACGACUCCUGGAGGUUCCCCAACCCGGGGCUGCUUGGCUCCCCGUACUAUUACAGCGCCGCGGCCCGAGGAGCUGCCCCGCCAGCAGCCGCCACUGCCUACGACCGGCACUGA